UUUUGCCAGUCUUGAGUUGGCAUUUGCAGUGAAAGGAGCUUUCUUGUCGCUGAGUUGUUUCCCAGUUUUUUCUCCCUCAAAUCCUCAGCCGCUUGUUCACCCUCAACCAAAUCCAACCAAAUCCAAACCAACCCCACACUCACACACCGGACGACCACGGUGUUUUCUCUUUUCCUCCUCAACAAUAUCGCAAUCACACACCACGACCAAAACUACCAUCCAAUCUUAUCUCCAAAAACCAGAUUCAUCACUCACUUAUUCACUACAUAAGUAAAUACUGAUUGAUCGUAUCACCAGACCAGACCAGAGUCACAACAAUUAAGUACGACCGACAUCAAUUUUAAUAAGUAUCCAACCAACAUUUUGUACCAAUAUUAUUCUACCGUUGCUCUGUUGCUGCUAUAUUCAUAUAUAAUACUAUUAUAUAUUUGAUCAUCAUCAAACCACCACUCCAGCCACACUGCCCUUUCACUUUUUGUGUGAUAACUCGCAAGUUCAAUUAGUGUCAGGAUCAUCAUCGUCAUCAUCAUCAUCCUUUCAAAAGUGAAGAUUGAACAGCCAAGAUCGCCGACCGACCAACCAACUAACCAACCACUUGAGUUGCUGAACUUUAUUCCACUCUAGUGAUUCUCUCUGUUGAUCUUAUCUCUGAUCUGAUUCAACUCUGUCUCUCUUCUUCUUCUGCUGCAACUAACUUGCUAACUAAUAUAUUUCUUGAUAGACGUCGAUCGUGAAAAGCGCAGUGAACCAAAAUAAAUACAUAGAGACGUGGCUACCACCAUAAGGAGAGGACGGACUUACUAGAUUAACAAUUUACAAGUGUCAUCCUCCUCGUUGAGCAGGAAUCAAUAAAUUCUUGUCAUCGGACAAUUCCAAUUCGACGUGUUAUAUUAAUAAUAGGGCUCGAAAUCAUUAAUUAUUCCUCAACAAGCAACUUCUCCUCCGCCUAAUAAGAAACUGCACACUUAUUUCUUAACCAUAUACAAUUUGUAAGUGCAAAGUGAAAGUUUUAAUCAUUUAGCAAAAUGGCGACACCAGCGGAUGAUCCAAACGUCACGUUGACCAUACGUUUAAUCAUGCAGGGAAAGGAGGUGGGAAGUAUCAUAGGGAAGAAAGGUGAAAUCGUAAAAAAGUUUCGGGAAGAGUCCGGGGCAAGGAUCAACAUCAGUGACGGGUCAUCUCCCGAGAGAAUAGUCACCAUCACAGGAAGUACGAGCGGCAUUAUGAAGGCCUUUGAUCUCAUUUGCAGAAAGUUGGAAGAAGUUUAUAAUAUGCCCAAGGCGGAUAACGUCCCAAAGCCGCCCAUCACGUUGCGAUUGAUCGUUCCAGCUUCCCAGUGCGGAUCUCUGAUAGGAAAAGGGGGGUCCAAGAUCAGAGAGAUUAGAGAAGUGACCGGUGCCUCAAUUCAAGUGGCGUCAGAGAUGCUGCCCAACUCGACUGAACGUGCUGUGACCAUCUCCGGGAUGAGCGAUGCCAUCACGAAAUGCAUCUACCAUAUCUGCAUGAUAAUGCUGGAGAGUCCACCAAAAGGAGGGACGAUUCCUUAUCGGCCAAGACCCGGACCAACUGGUCCUGGAGGGAUGAUGAUGGGACAAGCUGGUGGCGGUGGUGGUGGGUACGGAAUGCAGGGCAACUACGGUAUCAAUCCGGCCGAGCAGAUGGGAAAGAUGGGAGGGUCUCCGCUGGCAGGUCUCGCAGCCCUUGGACUUGGUGGGAUUGGCGGUCCAAAUACAGGUCCUGUGAACCCCGCAGCCCCUUUAGCUGCGUUAGCAGCCAUUGCAGGGAGUCAACUUCGCACCGGAAAUAACAGACAGCAACAGAAUCAACAGACGAAUCACGUCCAGCAAGAGAUGACGGUUCCAAAUGAGCUCAUCGGUUGUGUGAUUGGGAAAGGAGGCACUAAAAUAGCAGAAAUUCGGCAAAUUAGCGGUGCCAUGAUUCGUAUCAGCAACUCUGAAGAACUGCGGGAGGGAUGUUCUGAUCGUGUGAUCACAAUUACCGGCAAUCCAGACAGCGUUGCUUUGGCUCAAUAUUUAAUCAACAUGAGGUUAGCAAUGGAGACUGCCACCCUGGCUGGGGGAGGAUUAAUCGGGUUUCCCGCCGCGGCGCCCGUUUCAGGUCCAUCACCUGGAUUUUACAUCACCGCGCCAAGCCCCAUUCUCCGCGCGCCGAUCCACUAACUAGCGCCGCCUCCACCGCCGCCCACUUUUCUACCGUAUCACCAUCAUCUUCAACACCAUCUUGUCAAUCACAACUACCACCACGGUCAACUUCCCCCUCAUUCUAAUCAUCAUCAACACCCGUACCAUCAUUUUUCAUCCGCACUAUGACCUUCGUCCCUUUUAAUAAGGAGGGAGCCAUGCUGGUCCGGUCUGGAGGUGGAGUCUCAAGUUUUAAAUAAUUUCUUACCUAAUUUAAAUACUUACUUCUUAGCGUAAAACUAUAUACGUUCGUCAACUAUCUACUUUAACUUAUAGUCAGUUUAUCUACAUCUCAAGAAGAAGAAGAAGAAAAAGAAUGUGUAAUGCCGCAAUAACUGACCUUUUACUGAUCGAGAUCGAGACUACGACCUCAACCCUACACGUAAUUAUGUAGGGAUUGCUUUGCUGCAUAAUUAAUUUUACGAUAGAGUUUUCUCCAUAGUUUUGUGUAUAUACGAGGCAGGACUGGAGGAGGCAUAGAUGACUAAAUAUCUAAGAAUAUUUAUUACUUUCUGGACGACAAAUAUUUUUUAUUUGCCCAUUUUAAAAAGACGCGACAAAAGACAUUACUUAAUUCUGUUUAAGAGUGGUAAUUAUCUAAUAUCUUGUUUUAAUUCUUCAUACCGUAUUAUUUUACUACUACGUAAAAUUGACUGUUGUUGUGUGUAGUAGCGUGGCGAUUGGAAUUUGGAUGCUUGGGUUUGACAAUCAAUCGUUUCUUUGAGCAGGAGAUAAAAGGCCAAGGAGAAAAAAAUGUCAAGUAAUUUAUUUUCGAAUCUCAAGUCAGUUUCAUAAAACAAAAAUUCGUCAUUGCAUUGUGGUUUAGAGAUAAAAAAUAUAUGGGGGAGGGUGGUGUGUCAUUCUAGUCGGUUGGGGGACAUGAUAUAGAAAAAAAAUUAUUAUCUCUCUGAAUUUGAACUAUUCAAAUAUUUUAAAAUAUGUUUAAAACGUUUCAAAAUUAGGGAAGAAAUAUGUAAAUUGAUUAUCUCACGGCCUCAGCUACUUUUUAGAUCUGGCCUUUCUUACAUAUUUAGCAACUCGUAGAGAGAGAAAUGUAUGCAUUUUUAGCCUAAUUUUUAGAUAAUCUACAUUAUACAGUAUGGCCUGAUUUAGUUUUAGAAACAUCAGAUUUUAAUAAAUGUUAGGAUAGAAAUUACAUAAUUACCGCCGGGAUAAGGUGGCAAUAUGUAUUUACAUGUACGUAGUUCUUUAUAAAGGAGACGCUACUACUAAAUACUACGUAGAUACAUACAUACAUAAACGAAUUUUUAAGUUGUGACACAUUUCAUCAAGUAUUUUACUGUGACAUAAAUACAUAAAAUGCGGAAUAAUUUAUUUAGAAAAAAACAAGCCAAAUUUUGAAUUGAUAUCUCGUCAUACUCUCGUCAAUCUCAAGUUUUAAACUCAACUCUCUGGACUCAAAUUGAAGUAUUAUACAAAUACGCUACGCAAGAUAAGGGAGGAGGUGUCAUUGUCACUUGUUAUAUUUUAUUCAAGAGUAAUUUAUACUAGUCAAUUUCAUAGUCUCAGUUUUACACGGAGUAGAAAAAAAAAUAUGUAAAUCUGCCACUGAAAUUAUUGCCACUGAAAUGUAUUCCAUCGAACUACGCAAGAUUUUAAGGGGGCGGAUGAUAAAGUAAAAAGUAUUAAAAAAUGAUGAAUCGGUCGUGCCAAAAAACUUGGAUAACAAAAAAUAAAUAAUAUUCUUUUGAUGAUCAGAUCACUGACAGGUUGUUGAUACAUACAUACAAUUAAUACUGAGGAGGAGGAAAAAAAGAAGCGAAGAAGAGGAAAAAUUGUCUUUUUAAUAUUUUCUCAGAAUAAAUAAUAAAUAAAUAUCGUAAAUAUUGUAAAAUAAGAGUAUGCAAGCGUAAAAUUACUAAAAGUAGCUGUCUACAUAAAAUGGGGGCAGGAUGAUUUUAAUAGGAAAAAAAUGAAUUGUGUAUCGGUGCGAAGUUGUUAGAAAAAAAUGAGGAAGAACUGCACCGGACUGUGAUAGAAGUACAUAUAAAUUUCAAUGUAAGUUAACAAAAAAACUUGGCAGAAUUUGUUCAUUGUGGUUACACCACUACAAUUCUUUUUAUUUCAUUUAUCUACUAGACAAAAUUUCAAAAUUUCUCAUUUUUUCAAAAUAUUCAUAAUAACAGAAUAGAUAAAUAGUUUACUAGAAAAAACUUUCAUACGAUUUGUUCUUGAGGUUUAAUAAUUAAGUAUUUACCGUUUUCAUUUCUUAUUACUCAAUAUACAAAUACUGGAAGGAUAAUGAGGGUCUAAACGCUAGUGAGUAUAUAAAUAAAUUAUGUAUGCUAACAGUAAAAAUAUUUAAUAUUAAUUGCAACUAACUCGAAUUUUGGACUGUCUCUAUUAAACACUACUCGGUAAACAUUUUUGGAUAAACGAUCUCAAUAGGCGUGUGAGAUUCAGAACUUUAACAUUACAUAAUUGUCCAUCUCGUAAUUAUUCAAGUACGAGAUAAAGCGUGAAACUGGUAGUAAUUUUUGGUCAUAUUUAGGUUUUCUAUGAAUCAUUAGUGAUACCGAAUACAUGAAAAAUACAUAAGUCAUACAUAAUUUUACCGUUUUCAAUUAUCUACUUAAUUAAUCACUCAUCAUUUUGUGUUUUAUUAAUGACUGAAGAGGUGCUGUUGGCUUUACUUGAUACUAGUUUGCUACUUACAUAUUGAUAACACGCGAUUAUUAUUCAUUUAUCAUUAUCAUUCUUGCAAUUCUAUCACUACGUCACUUUGUGUCGUAGAGAUAAAAUUCGAUUAAAAUGGUAGCUUUAUAAAAGACACGAGAUUCACUGGCAGGCAGCAGCAAUCAUUCUUAUAAUUGUUGACGUAAUGCAAGUCUUUAUUGUCUAAAAUUGUAUAUAAUCAAUCAACCACGAUCUAAAUUUUAUGACCACAGCCACACCACACACCAGACACACUGAGGAUUUUAGUUGUUGGAUGUGGUGAAGGUAAGGGUGCUGCUUUUUAUCAUACUUAAUUAAAUACUUAACUUGUUAGUGAAUAUGCAAGGUAUCCUACUUCAUAGCUUGUAGAAAAUCAAGAGAGAAUAUCAACAUAUCGGACAAAUGCCUUAUGAAAUCAACAAGGGUUGGAUUAUUUUCACUUUGUUUCGUUCCUUGAUUACUAACAAAAUUGAGAUUUUAAUUCAUAUAUAUUGUUGAAUCAAUCAAUUAAUCAAGCAACAAAUCAAUCUUUUUAUUUGGGCUGAGUUAUUAUUAUAUUUACUAAAACGAGCUUAUAAUUCUGAGAUUCCAUACAUACAUUUUUAUCUAAACGUUUCGUUCCCACCCUGAAAUUAAUAUUGAGAACAAUAUGAUUUUAUAAAUAUGUGCAUAUUUCAUGUUUUUUUUGGUUUUGAAAAAGAUUGUCAAUUUAUUAUUCGUUCCAAUACCAUACAAAACUACUUAAUUGUUCAAACGAGUCAAAUCAAGAAGUAACAUCAUUCAAUUCAAUUCAAUCGCUCCGAUAAUCAUUAGGAACUAACUUUACUGUGGAAGUAAGCAAUUACGUAAAAUAUGGGACAAAUUGUGUAUAUGUAUGUAUUUCAUGUCUGCUGGAUUGGAUGUAUCAAUUCCUACAUCGAUAACCUACAUAUGGAUAAAACUAAGCAACUAGAUUUUCUCUUUGUUUCAAUUUGUAAAAUGUGUAAAUUUGUAAAAUGAUAGCAAAAAACUACGCCAGAGAAAGUUCAGAGGACAUGAAAAACUGCGACAGUCGCUCUCUAUAAGAAAGUCCUAUUCAAUUUUUAGUCAGAAAGUCCAACAGGAUAAAAUGAUAAGCCAUUAAAUUAUUAUUACGACGACGGUUGUGAGUGAAAGUUUUAGUAAAUGUAUAACGUACAUAACUCCAUAAAUAAAUAGAUAGCGGUACAUACAUACAUAGCUAACUUAUUUUUAGGUUAUCAAAAGUGAUGAAAUAUCUAACUCGGUGUUUAUUACGAAUAAACAAAACAGGUGAAAGAAGUGAUUAUUAUAAAAAUAUGAGAAAA